AUGUUGGAGAGUGACGAAGAUGGUGCCCCUGGGCGUGGGAAGAUCAUACAGAGGCACAAGCGCGAGAUGAAGGCACUGUUGGAGCAAAAAAGGAUUGAAUCAGGAAAGUUGAUGAGUUUUGCCAAGGCGAAACGUGAGAACAAAAAGAUCGAAGCGAGACAAGAGAAAAGAGACCUAGAAGACAAGUACAAAGCCUUGGAAGACGCAAUGAAGCAGAGACACGCAGAAGAAUUACGACAAGCCUCGGAUGAGACUCCAGAGGAAGCAUCAGAUCAGCCUCCGCAAGCCAGCGAAUACGUGGAAGUCGAAGCAGAUGAAGGCACUCCAGGCACUCGCAAGUCGCGCGCGCAGAAGAAGAAGAACCUGCUGGCGGAAAUUGAAAAGGAACUGAGAGAAGGGCCCAAGGUCGGAACGGUAGCCGCGGUAGCCGAAGCCGCAGUGCCAGUCGGAGCCAACUCGAGAGGCCCAUACCGCUUUUUCCUACACCAAGCGUUGCCGACCGUUGCGAACUGUCUGCCAGGUGGCUCAUCUGCAAUGCCACAGAGAACUCGGAUACAAUCCUUUGAGGAGAUCCUGGCUGCCGUUCGCUCCGGGGCCAUGCCCUCCGUGAUGCCCGCGCGCGCCGGCUCCGCGCUGCAGCCGCCACACCGCGGAGGCUUCACCCUUCCGGCGCGUUCUUUGUACGAUUCCGGAUACAGAGGCCAGAGCUUUGGCCCUUCUGGAGAAGCUUGUCCUCAAGCCCGACCCGAGAUGUUGGAGCGGGCAAGAGAGGAAGCACGGAUAGCGGAAGAACAAGGUAAGUUGGCACAAAAAGGGCCAGCGAGUGGCCCUCCAGGACCUCCAACUGGAAUAGUGGUCAUCGAACAAAAAUUCGUGGACUUCUUGCUGGGUCCUGGAGGUCAGUCCUUGGCGGCCAUCAACCAUGCUGCUGGGGUCAAUGUCAUCUUGGAUCAAACCCACAAGUUCUCCGGCUACAGCCACGCCAAGAUCUAUGGUUCUGAGGAGAAGGUGAAAGAUGCCAAGUUGGCCAUCGACUUCAAGUUGUCCCAGUGGCUUCCACUGCAAGACCGUCGGAGAGGUCUCGCUGCUGUAACCGCGGCGGCGCCGGCGCCGCUGAGCAGCGAGUCGGGCCUAUGGGCGAGACAGUCUGCACGAGGAACGUCACCGGUGAAGGAAAUCGAGGAUUCGUCGGCCGUCAAAGUCACGGGCGGCCUGUUGUGA